CAACUACAACUACCCCCAAAUAUUUAAUUUAUUCUCUUUUUAUUGUCAUAUAUCGUAUCAAACCAUUAUUGUAUAUGCUUUGUUUUGAUCUAUAAACAGCAUACUCAAUCAAAAAAACAAAACAAAAAACCCCAUUUCAUAGCACAAAGUUAAAAGUUCACUGAUUUUUUUCGAUGCGUUCGAGGAUUCUUCCUUGAAUAAUGGAGGAUGAUGAAGAAGAAGAUUUGGAUUCAAAGCCUCUUUUGCUGAAAUUUGGAGUUGCAGUUGCUGUUUCUUUCGUUGGGUUUCUGUGUUAUCGAUUUAGAACCCUAAAUCCCAACUCGGUUUCGGAUGAUCGCGGUGAGGUUGAUUCCGGUGAGACCGAUCGGAGUAAAGAUGAUUUUCGAGCCGUAAAGAUGUCAAUAACUUCAGACCCUCAAGAAAUGUCGAAGCAACGGAUGGAUGAUUCCACGAGCAUUAGUCACGACGAAGAUGUGUUUUUCUUGACACAGUUUGAUGAUCUUGUUAAGGAAUUUGACUUUUCGGCCGUCAUUGAACCUUCUCCAAACCUGGAAGUGGAAGCACCGAGGUUGGAUCUCGACACUUCGAUAACGCUUACUAGUGCUAAAAAGGACGAUUAUGAGCAAGAGAUUGAGCACUUAAGAAACACAGUAAAACUGCUUCAGGAGAAGGAGAAGAAUCUCGAGGCCCGGUUGCUCGAAUAUUAUGGCCUUAAAGAACAAGAAACAGCAGUUACGGAGCUCGUAAACCGAUUGAAGAUAAAAAAUACAGAGGUUAAACUUUUCAGUCUCAAGAUUGAGUCUUUACAAUUGGAAAAACGACGACUACAAAGCCAAGUUACCGAUCAUGAAAAAGCUGUAGCUGAGCUCGAAAGUGCAAGAUCUCGAAUUAAGAUGCUGAAGAAGAAACUUAAGCAUGAGGCUGAGAUGAAUAAAGAACAGAUCCUUAACCUUCAAAAAAGAGUUGCUAGAUUGCAAGAGCAAGAACUUGAGGCUCCGGUAAGUAACCCGGACAUCGAAUCGAAGUUACAAAGGCUAAAGGUUUUGGAAUGUGAGGUAGAAGAGUUGAGGAACUUGAAUACGAGAUUGCAGAUGGAAAACUCGGAAUUGGCUCGGAAGUUGGAAUCGACCCAAAUCCUUGCGAACUCUGUUUUGGAGGAUCCUGAGAGAAAAGCAAUGGACGAAACGAGCAAUCGUUUGAGGCAAGAAAACGAAGACUUGACAAAGCAAAUUGAACAGCUCCAAUUGCAUCGAUGUGCUGAUGUCGAGGAACUAGUUUAUCUCCGAUGGAUAAAUGCUUGUUUGCGGUACGAGCUGAGGAAUUAUCGAUCCCCGACCGGUGAAACAGUUGCUAGAGAUUUAAGUAGAAGCUUAAGUCCGAAAUCGGAGGCAAAAGCUAAAAAAUUGAUACUCGAAUAUGCACAUACCGAAGGAAUGGAUAGCAUUGAUUUUGAUUGCGAUCAAUGGUCUUCUUCCCAAGCUUCCGAAACUCAAGAACUUGAUGAUCCUUUGAUCGAGAAUUCAUCUGCUACAAAACCGACCAAUUCGGGUAAAACUAAGUUCUUCAAGAAUUUACGGAGACUAAUACGGAGAAAAGACGGUCAUCACCCGAACCAUGCUUCAUCAAUGGGCAAACCUGAUCAUGUUGACGAUCCUCCAACUUGGAGUUCAAGCACAAUGAGCGAUUCUGUAACCAUGGUAAGUAGCCGGAGUGAUAGGGUUACAACUCCAUCUCAGAGUUCGUCCGGAACCUCUUCGGACAUACCUAGAUGGAGAAGUUUUAAUGAUGAACAUAUAAAGAACAUCAAAAAAUUUCGUAGCAAAAGCGGUUCUUAUGGAUAUAGAAGUUUCGUAGUAGGCAAGGAUGGUGAUGAUGAUCUGAACUUCCCUCUCAAACCCAAACUCGAAACCGACUCGGAUUCUUUUUGGAAAUCCGAGUUAGUGAAGUUUGGAGAAGUUUUGGAAGGAGCACGAAAAGUAAAGAUUCACAAGAAAUCAGCAAGUAUCGUAUGAAAUAUUAGUUCAAACAUAGUGUUCAUAUGUACCAUAUGUAUCAUAUAGAAAAUGAAAAUGAAAUAUGCACAUCACCAUAUGGUAAUAA